AUGUGCAAGAUAAGGUACCACAACUUUUGGUGCAAAUGUGGCAGUUUCAUUUCUUUCAAGAGAGUCGUGCAAGCCUGCCCUGCAAAUACCACCCCAAAAUGCGAGAUGAACACCGAACCUGUAGAGAGCUAUGUUGAUUUAAAGUGUGAUAAAUGCACUGAGGAAGAACGCAAGACAUUCAAAAUAUUUAUGACAGAAUGGAUGGCAAGGAGAAAGGCGCCAUCGACGCGAAGCCCAAUCCCCAUAUCUUCACAGUCGUAUCACAACACACAUUCACGUGUCAGUAGGUUACGAUACGAGUUUUCAGUUCGUGAAUCCCUCACGCAUACGUGUGGUACAUAG